AUGCCUCAUGCCAUCAUCAAAAUCAUUCAUCGGGUAGAAUCUGAAAAACAAAGGCGAGUGCCAGACCCAGACCCUGGACUCUGCAGUUUACCCAAAAAAGAAAGAGAGCGCAAGAAACCGGAAAUCGAGAAACGAGGCUUGCAGGGAAACAAUUGGUUCUGCCACUUUUUAUCAUUUCUUUCGAAGAAGGCGGCAAGGGCAACCAGAGAAGGACGAACCAACAGUGUAGAGCCUUCUCGGUCCGCUCUCCGUCGUUGAAAGUAGACUACCAUUGUUUCUUGAUUUGAAUCUACUGGGGUAGGGUUUAAGAGCCAGCAUCUAAAGUUGCAGAGCCGGUAAGAAAUGACCACUUUUCUCUCCUUCUCACGUCACCCCUUCGUUCUCUUCCCGGUCACAGAGCUGGAGCCAACUAGAGCUUCGAAACUACUUCUUCCUCCAAGAUAUAACGGUUUCUCCAAUAACAAGCGCCGCCUUCGCAGUGCAGUGGGCGUGGUUAGGUCUGGCUUGCAGCCAGACUUCCUGCCCGAUCUUGAUAGUGCGGAGGGUUUGAUUCGGGGGGUAUUCGGUAAAGCCGAAGGUUUUCUCUAUACAAUCGCCGACGCUGCCGUAUCGUCCUCGGAUUCUGUAAAUGGGGCCAAACAGAACAGUGAUUGGCUUUCGGGGAUUACAAAUUACCUGGAGACAGUUCUGAAGGUUUUGAAGGAUGGGCUUUCCACUCUACACGUUCCUUAUGCUUAUGGAUUUGCGAUUAUUCUUCUCACUGUUAUUGUUAAGGCUGCCACGUUUCCUUUGACAAAGAAGCAGGUUGAAUCUGCAAUGGCAAUGCGUUCUUUGCAACCUCAAGUGAAGGCUAUCCAGCAACGCUAUUCGGGAGAUCAGGAGAGAAUACAACUUGAGACUGCUCGCUUGUAUAAACUAGCAGGUGUAAACCCAUUGGCAGGAUGCCUGCCCACUCUUGCUACAAUACCUGUUUGGAUUGGACUAUACAGAGCUCUUUCAAAUGUGGCAGAUGAGGGGCUCCUAACAGAAGGCUUUUUCUGGAUACCCUCCCUUUCUGGUCCAACUACAAUUGCUGCUCGGCAAAGUGGCAGUGGGAUCUCUUGGCUUUUUCCUUUUAUUGAUGGUCAUCCACCCCUCGGAUGGUCAGACACCUUGGCAUAUCUUGUCUUACCGGUGUUGCUUGUCGUCUCACAAUAUAUCUCAAUUCAAAUAAUGCAGCCAUCACAGGGUAAUGAUCCAAACCUGAAAAGUUCUCAAGCCCUAACUAAGUUCCUGCCAUUAAUGAUUGGUUAUUUUUCUCUCUCUGUGCCUUCUGGGCUAAGUCUUUAUUGGUUGACAAAUAACAUUUUAAGCACAACACAACAGAUAUGGCUCCAAAAAUUAGGUGGUGCAAAAGAUCCAAUGGCACAGUUUAGUGAUGCUACCUCUAGGGAAGAGCUAUCAAAGAUUCAGAAACCAGUCAUUCAAGCAGGAUCAACUGUAACAGAAACCCAACAAGAAGAAAAUUCAACUUCAGGAGGUCUACGCCGUGGUGAAAGAUUUAAACAGAUAAAGGAGCAAGAAGCAAGGAGAAGGCAACAAAGGGAAGAAGAAAGGAGGAAAGCAGAAGAGGCAGUUAAAGGAGCUGGAAUAAUAAAUGUAGAAGAUGAGUCUAAAGCUAAGCUAGCCAAAGAAAAAGCUGAAACUGAAUUAGUUGAUAUUAGGAAUGAAAGAGUUGAGCCUGUGAAUGACAUGCAAAUUUCAUCUAAUAUUGGAGUUCCUCUUGUGAAUGGUGAUCAAUCCAUACAGGACUUGGAGAAAGAUCAUAACAGUAUGACUGCACCUAAGAUGGAAAAUGGUGGACUUGCUGUAGACAGCGAGCUAAAAAGGAAGGAUGAGCAUCAUUCGAAUGAAAAUCUCAAAGAGGAAAAAGUGGUUGAAGCAUACACUACCAAAUUUAAUAAAGAAGCUGCGGAAAAUACUCACCGCGAGAAAUUAGAACAGCCUGGUCAGAGGGAUGAAGCUUAGGCAUUGCAUGAUUGGUAUUUGUGUUCAAAUUGAGUAAGAUUCCUGUGACCGUGCUUUGGCUUCCAUCGUAAGGUGCAGUACAAAAGUUGACGUCUUGACGAGUCUCCUUUCAGUAACAUGUAGACCAUUGCUAGGCAUUUAUUUGUAUCGAGUAAGGCAGCGGGCUACACAAGCUACUGGUCUGGUCUGGGUCCCUGGGAAAAGUUUCUGAUAGUUGGAGGCUGCGGUAUUUUUCUUUCAGGCCUAUACAUCUGCAACAGAUGAUAUACUUGGUAGAGUCUUCAGACCCCAUGAGGGGAUAUUAUCUUCUUGUGUAUAGAAGUCUCUGCAAAUGUCAUCUACUUGCUGAAUUUCUCGUUACUGAGGAAUUCGUAUUAUUCAACCAAAAAUACUGGCAUGAUCUAAUGCAGGUAUUAUGGCGGGCAUAUCCAAUUAUUGAUGCUUUGCCCAAGAGAGCCUUUUUGUUGUACUGACUACUGAGUUUGGUCGAUUUAUGAGCAUAUCCAAUUAUAAUGCAUUUAUAAGAAA